AAACUCUUUUUGUCACUUUUGUUUUGGCACUUGAUUUUAUUUUGUACGGAAAUCAAUGAUUGCAUAAAAUGUAGUUCGUAAAUUAUGAUAAAUGAAAUAAUACUUUGUAAUAUUUUAACUUCAUUCAAAAAUUUUUAGUUUGUUUUAAAAGUUUACGUAUACAAAAUAAUAAAAAAUGAAUGUGAUUUCUAUAAAAAUGGCAAAAAUUUUCUUAUUAAAAGGAUUUAUUACAAUAAUUUUAUUAGGACACAUUAAAUCGCAAGAGUGGGAAAAAGAUUAUUUUGAAUGCAUAGAACGUAACGAUAACAAAAUAAAUUGUACGGCAAAGGAAAAAAGUUUUGAAAUAGAUCUUGAAGAAGAAAUUCCAUGGCCGUUUUAUCUAGUUAAAUUGAAAUAUAAUGGCGGUGAGCCAGAUACAGGCAAACACAUACCAAGUAUUAAAAGAUUUAUGACUGGAGAUAAUAAUCUUUUGGGAGCUGAGUUUGAAAAAAAACAAGACGGUUGGUAUAUUAAAAUUAAUGAACGACAAGACUAUGAAAAUCCACCGCAGAUAUUAUACACAUUAGAGAUUUAUAUUAAAGGUGAAGAAGGUCAAGAAACUCCGUCGCAAUGGUUAACUAUAAAAUUAAAAAACAUUUUUGACAAUGAUCCUGUCGUAAAAUAUGCUGAUUCUGUUCCUUGUACGUGGGAGGCAUAUCAAUCAGAUGUUGACACGAAUUGUAAGAUUCUGGUUCACGACAAAGAUGGCCUUGCAAAUAAUGAGAUCACAAUGUUCGUUGAAGAUACUGGUAAAAACGAAAGAGAUCACUUUGGUUUUUCUAAAAUACCACAAUCAACUACUGAAUAUACAGUAGAAUAUUUUAUUAGAAUAAAUAAAAAACUUGAUUAUGAUGAAAAUGCAUGGUUUAAUUUGCACAUAAUUGCUGAAGAUGUUGAAAAAAAUAGAGGUGAUACUAAUAUGACUUUCUAUGUUAAAAAUGUACCGCAUUCUCCACCACGUUGGGUAAAACCGUUGGUUAUUGCAAGUUUUAAGGAAAAAGAAAAACAAGAAUUUAAUGUAACAGCGAUUGGUGGAGACAUUGGUAUCGAAGACGCAAUAUGCUAUAAACUACGGUUCUCUGAGAAUAAUAAUUAUUCUGAAUUAAUUGAAAUAAAUGAGCUCAAUGGAGCUUUAAAGGUGAAAGAAAUCGACAGAGAUGCUCGGCAACAAGAAAUUUAUAAAUUUGAGAUAUGUGCUGAAAAGUGUGAUGACUCAUUUAUGAAUACUUGCAAUUUGACAGUUUUCAUUGUUGAUGACAUUAACGAUCAUUCACCUGUAAUCAAAAUCGAGCCGAUAAAAAUUGCACUAUAUGAAAACUAUACACAAGAAAUCAGUUUGAAUAAAUUUGAUGUUUCUGACGUUGACUUGGGUGAAAAUGCAAUGUACGAUGUUAAAUUGAGUAGUGCUGAAAAAGCUUUUAGUAUUGUGCCUAGUUCUGGUUAUCAAAAUGCUUCAUUUCAACUUAUAAUAAAAGAUAAAGAUUUUUUAGAUUAUGAAAACCCGCAUUGGCGUUUUAUUGAAAUAAAGGUAUUUGCUCAGGAAAAGCACAAUUUGUCUCAUACAGGCGAAUUUUCGCUAAAUAUUGAUUUAAUAAAUUGGAAUGAUGAGCCACCAACAUUUGAAGAACCCAAUUAUAGUGUUGAAUUGGAAGAAACAAUACCUAAGGGAUAUUUAAUUAAAAAUAUAACUGCAUUUGAUAGAGACGUUGAUGAUUUUGUAAGGUAUAAAACGUUAGGAAAUUUUUACGGUGUUCAAAUUAAUGAAGAAAAUGGAACGAUGUAUACAACAGAAGAUAAUGUAUUUGAUUAUGACAGGCAGAAGGCGGUUAUUAUACAAGUUCAAGCUACUGACAAUUUAAUUACUGGAUUUCAUGCUGAAAAAUUGAAUUCCGUUUUUACUCAAUUGAUAAUUAAUGUGAAAGAUGUGAAUAAUAAAACACCAGAAUUAAGAAUGCCUAGAAUUGUUCCGAAUUGUACAGAAAAUACAACAGAUAUAAGUGCUAUUACAACUGAAAUUAAAGCAAUUGAUCCUGACACUGAUGCAAAUUUAGUUUUUGAAAUUGAUUGGGAUCACACGUUUGCUACUAAAACAGGAAGGCCGGCUGAUUUAGAAACAUAUAAAGAAUGUUUCGUUAUAGAACAACAUAACGAAACGAAUAAUGAAGUUUUAGGAUAUUUAAAGCUUAACCCAGAACAGACAACAAUUGUUGAUUAUGAAGAGUAUGAUACAAUGUAUCUUUUUAUUAAAGUGACUGACUUGAAUCAGGUUGUAAAUGAAGCAUCUUCCAACGCUACUUUAACAAUUAUUAUUAAUGACAUCAAUGAUUGUGCUCCAGAAUUUAUUCAUAACACUUUGCAGGAGAUAAGAAUUGUAAUGGAAGAAGCAAUGCCAAACACACUUGCUGGUGGUUCAAUACAAGCAGUUGAUAGAGAUGGUCAUGAAUUCAAUAACAUCACGUAUACCCUUUUACCUAUACGUGGUACGAAUGAAAGUUGGAUUCAAAUUGAAAAAUACAAGGGAGUACUUAGCGUAUCCGAAAAUGCAAAAAUAGAUUGUGAUAUUCCACGCAUUGAUGCCCUAUACUAUGAAAUUCAGUUGACUGAUGGACUUUAUACAACUUUAGGAGAAUUAAUAAUAAACGUAACUGAUAUAAAUAAUAAAGUACCACAAUUUCAUGAUUUCAAUAAAACAGUGGAAAUUUACGAAAAUGCUACAACAGGAACAUAUAUUGGAACAAUUGCUGGCUAUGACAAUGACAGAGAUGAGCCACAUAAUGUACUUGAGUAUACUAUAAAUUACAAUAUUCAUAAAGAGUUACAGAAAUUUUUUGUGGUUGGAAAACUAAAUGGAUCCAUUUAUGUGGACUUACAAAAUGGAUAUGAACUAGAUCGGGAUAAUAAUGUAACGGAACAUAUGGUAAACGUUGAUGUUAAGGACAAUUAUUUAGAUUCAAAAAGUGAAACACGAAACUCUGAACCUAAUGGUAUAUUAGUUGUUUUAUUAGAUGUCAAUGAUAAUGCUCCAGAAAUGGUGUCACCGAAAGACUUUCUACCGAAAUGGGAUGAAAAUGCCAUAAAGGGUGAUGUUCUUUUAGAAUACACAUUAACAGCAACCGACAAAGAUCAACCAAAUCAUCCUAAUUCAUGGGUUUCUUUUGAAAUUUUGGAUAUAAAUCCUGGAAAAGAAUGUAAUCCAAAUGUAGAGGAUUAUAAAAACCUUUUUACUAUGAUUGGGAAUUUCACUGAGAGAACGGGACAAUUCGUUGCUAAUAAAGAUCUCCAGGGAUAUUAUGGCAUUUGGAAAAUUUUCAUUAGGGCUUAUGAUCAUGGUGAACCGCAACAAUCAUCAAAUGGAACCUACGAAUUAGAGGUAUUCCCCGUAAAUUUUCAUUCUCCAAAAAUUUUAUUCCCUACUGAACAAGCAAUUAGAUUGAGGCACGAUCAACCAUCGCUUGAUGGGCCACUUAAAAAUACAGAUAAGACAAGUUUAAGAUCGUUCGAAGCAUUCGACCCUGAUGGUGGAAAUUACGGAAACGUUACUUUUGAAAUUUUUACGGAAACAGAAAUUUUUGCAGUGAAGUACAUAAACAGAAGUCACUCAGAUCUAAUAUUAAAAAAAAAAGUUGAAGUUGAUUUAUACAUGAUAAAUAUUAAAGCGAAAGACGGCGGUGGUUUGACAUCAGAUAGUCAGCAUUUAAGGAUUUUUGUUAUUGAUAUGAACGGUAGUCCUUACUUUGAUCCAGCGUAUAAUGAAGAAACUCCAUUUAAUACUAACUUCACUGAAGGCGAAAAAGGACUGUUAAAGGAAUACAGAAUUAUUCCAGAGGCUAUAGAUCCCAAAAACAAUGGAAUAGAAAAAGAAGAGGAUAAGAUUAAAAUUUAUUACUAUUUAGACAAAAAUUAUGAGCCAAAAGUAGUUGAAUUUUUUCAUUUAGAUCAAGCGAAAAGAAAUUUAACCCUGGUUAAACCAUUAGAUAAAACAAUGGGUAAAGAAUUGCGUAUCAGGAUAAUCGCAUCAAAUAUCAAAGAAGAAUACGAAGCAACAUCUACAAAAAAUUCUCAAUUAAUAAUUAAAGUGAAGGUUAAAGAUGCUAACCCAAAGCCGGUUUUCGAUGAACUUACUAAAAAAUAUGGCUGUAGUAUAACUAUACAUGAUGAAAAUAAAAUUAUACUGCAUGUGCAUGCGAAUGACUCUGAUAUUGAAAAUUCUAUUACUACUUAUCAUAUCAGUAGUGAAAUUAAAGCGUAUGGUAAAAAUAUUGAGAAAAUAAAGGACAAAAUUUUUAAACUUGAUCCGGAUUCAGGAAAACUUAGUUGUCUUUAUAAAAUUGAUUCCACUAUGACAGGGUUUUUUGAAUUUAAUAUUACAGCGGAAGAUAACUAUCAAAACAAAGACCAAGCUAAUGUCAAGGUAUACAUACUUGGAGAAUCAAAUAGGGUUUCCUUAAUAUUUUUAAAUAAAUUUUCUUUAAUUGAAGAGAACAAAUCGAUUCUGCAAAAUGUUUUAAACGAACAAUAUGGAUAUGAUAAAUGCAACAUUGAUGAUGUUUCAAAUCUUGCUGAUUCUUCCGAUUUUGUUAAAGUUGUUGUUCAUUUCAUUAGGGAUAAUAAACCAAUUGACAACAGUGAAAUAUUGCAGAAAACAAAUCAAGAAUUGAUAGCUAAAUUAAAAGUAAAUUUUAAAAGUAGGGGCUUGCACUUAGAUCGAAUAGAGAAUUCAAAAAAUACGCAAAUAGAAAAGGUUGAAACAACAAGUUCAACAACUUUAACUAUUAUUGCAAUUAUAUUGGGUGUUUUAUGUGGUUUACUGGUGAUCGCGUUUGUUCUUAAAACAAAAUCUUUAAAACGUCAAAUAAAAGCGUUUGCUCCUCCCGAAUUUGGUUCAAGAGCUUCUGAUCUAAACAGAAUUGGUGUACCAACAACAAAUGUUUUUUCAGUUGAGGGGUCAAAUCCCGUUAUUAAUGAUAGUAAUAUAAAAGAACAUUUUGAUGAUGCGUCAAGCGUUGACUCGGAUGGUUCCGAUUUUAUUGGAAUUAAUAAUGAUGUGAACUUUAUGAUGAAAAAUGGAAGCGCGAGCAGUAAAAAUUCUUCAGUCAUAUCAAAAUACGAAAAUAAUAAGGAAAAUAUCAUUAAAAGGAUCAGUCUUGAUAAUAACGAAGAGAAAGUUAUGCGGUUUUAAGAUUACAUAUUUUUUUAAAUCAAAACAAAUACAAAG